UUCAACAAAACCACGGAAAGGGUUAAAAUCGUUAAAAUUUAAAAACUAAACGUAGUUGAAAACUUAGCCGACUUACAGUCGAUUUUAAGCCGCCGCCGACGUAAUUAGUGUCAGUCGCCAACGACGUUAAUAUUUGUCGGCGCAGUGCUCUGCAAGAAAGGCAUCAUUUUUAAAAGCAAAACAAUUAUUUUGUGUAUGAAAAAUUAUUUGCUUAUGAUAAAAAAUUUGGAAAAAGUUCUUAUAUUCUGAAAAAAAUGACAACAGAACAAAAAAAUAUUAAAGUUGUUGUGCGAGUUAGGCCAUAUAAUCGACGAGAAUUGGAGCAAAAUCAAAGAACUAUUAUAAAAGUAAUGGAUCAAACAACGCUUUUGUUUGAUCCUGAUGAGGACGAAGAUGAAUUUUUCUUUCAAGGAGUUAAACAAAAUCAUCGAGAUAUAACUAAAAAAGUAAAUAAAAAAUUAUCAAUGGAGUAUGACCGUGUUUACGAUACUGACACUACAAAUAUGCAAAUAUUUGAAGAAUGUACAGCACCGCUGGUUGACUCUGUUUUAAAUGGUUACAAUUGCUCUGUAUUUGUUUAUGGUGCGACAGGAGCUGGAAAAACAUUUACUAUGCUGGGUAGUGCUACAAGUCCUGGUCUGACAUUCCUCACAAUGAGAGACCUCUUUGAUAAAAUAGAAGCACAAAGUGAUGUACGCAAAUUCGAUGUUGGAGUCAGUUAUUUGGAAGUGUAUAAUGAACAAGUUAUGAAUCUUUUGACUAAAACGGGACCGUUAAAAUUGCGCGAAGAUUCGAAUGGUGUUGUGGUUAGUGGUUUAGCUCUAAAGCCAAUAUAUAGUGCUGAAGAACUGUUGGAACUUUUGGCCUUGGGAAAUUCGAAUCGAACGCAACAUCCCACUGAUGCUAAUGCUGAAAGUUCACGUUCACAUGCUGUAUUUCAAGUACAUAUACGUAUAACAGAUCGUAAAUCCGGUACAAAACGUAUGGUGAAAUUAUCCAUGAUAGAUUUAGCUGGAAGUGAACGAGCAGCAAGUACAAAGGGUAUAGGUAUACGUUUUAAGGAAGGAGCUAGCAUUAACAAAAGUCUAUUAGCACUUGGAAAUUGUAUAAAUAAAUUAGCUGACGGUUUGAAACAUAUUCCCUAUAGAGAUUCAAAUUUAACGCGUAUUUUGAAAGACUCUUUGGGGGGCAAUUGUCAAACAUUAAUGGUGGCAAAUGUGUCUAUGAGUUCACUGACAUAUGAAGACACCUACAACACAUUAAAGUAUGCCAGUCGAGCGAAAAAGAUACGUACUACUUUGCGACAGAAUGCUUUAAAGACAAAUAUGCCAAAGGAAUUCUAUGUUAAGAAGGUUAACGAACUAAUGGACGAAAAUGAACGUCUCAAACAGACAAAUUCAGCUUUAGAGGCUAAGGCAAAUAAGGCAACUACAUUUGACGAAUCAGAACUUAAACCCUGGUACAGUCGUAUUGAUCAGAUUUAUGCUUCGAUUAUUAAAACACAAGAACAAUAUAUUAGCAUAAAGAGUCGAGUCAAAAAUCUAACAUUUCGUAUAAAACUAAAGACAGACAUGGAAAAUUCACGAAAAAUAAUAUAUGGAGAUUGCGAAUCUGAAGAGAAUUGCACCAGCUAUACAUCAUCCGUAUGUCAUUUAAGCAGUAAAAUUGAUAAACUAAAGUCGGAAAUUGAGUGCUGGCGCCAAAAACUCAGAAGUGUUUAUAAGAAUUUAGACUAUAUAAAAACAGAAAUAAAAUCUUCUAAAUACGCAUCUUUUCUACAGAUUUAUUUAAAAUAUAAAAAUUCUGAAGUUCAAAAUUCCAAAAUAUCUUUAAUUAAUAAACACAUUACUGCAAUAGAUUUGGAAUUAUGUGCAAAAGCAACAUGGUUAGAAACAUCUUUCAAAUUAGCAAGUCAUAUUAUAAAGAAUGGUAAUCUUAAUACACAACAAAUGUGUCACUAUGAACUAUUGAAACGGCAUCUGAGCAAUACUAAUUUUAGCAAUGAUGUUGAUAACGAUAUCGAAGGAGAAAAUUCUAUAGAUUCUAGUACACAGCCAGCAUCAAGUAACGAAGAUGUAGAUAAUCAACAUAUGAGAUCAUGCAGAAAACGUUUGCGUUUAGACGAGUAUGAUUUAGAUGAUACAGAUGAUAUACAUGGUUCUAGUGCGGAUGAUGCCGUUGAUGAUGAUGACGUUGACAUGGACGAUAUGCAUACCACAUUUAAAAUGCCUGCAAAGAGGCCCCGUAAUCCUAACGAAACACAUGUUUUAAGCGAAAUGGAUACUAAUGGUGACGAUACAUUUUAUAUGGGUCCUUCUAAGACAUCAACUUUAACAGUGGGUACAAAAUUUAACGCUAAGAUUGGCAAAGAUUUAACUUUGGUCAAAACAAAUAUAGUUUCAAAUAUGUUAUCGGAUAAAAUGGUGAAAGCAACAUGCAAUACGGAACAAUUAAAGAAUGUUCUUUUGAAAUCGAAGAAAUUUUCACAUGCUACUCUUAGGACAGUAGCUGGUGGUUUGCAAAAAGAAAACAAAAAAUUUAGUCCGAAUCGUAUAAGAAAGAGUCCUCGUACUGUCAUAAGUAAAGCAGCAUCCAUGCAAAUAAAUCAACGUCAAAUAUCACGCAUAGCAAACGAUGCUGCUGCUCCAGUUGUCAGAUUAAAUAGGGCAGCUUCGUUUAGAACAAAAAAAUAGCCAGAUUUGCCGAGUCGUUGGAUGAUAUACUGACUAUACUGUUUAGUGGUACAGUACCAAAGAAAACAUAGGAGAAGAAUCCGAAAUCUCAACUUCCUAUACGAUGAUAUAGGCCGGAUGAAGUUUUUGGAGGAGACUCUCUGGUCGAAUUGUUUAAUGCUUUUUGUCAUACGUUUGAGCAAAACUAAUACGUUCGUCGAAUGUUUCAAAGGGGUAUGGAAUAAUUCUAAAUUUUGAAGAAGGAAUUCGCCAACUUUUGCACAAUUCUAAAAAAGGUUUUAUCUAUUUCUUUAACAAAGGACAUGUCCAUCAAUGAUUGCAUUAAUUAUUGUUAAAACAAUUUUAAACAGAUAAUUAUACUUUCACACUUAUCUGUAAAUAAAUUAAUGUAAUUACAUAUGUUUUUUUUUUUUAAUAAAAGUAUUUUUUUUUUAA